AUGGCAGUGGAGGAUCAUACGGCGGGUCAGGCGGCUGGUCAGGCGGAUGGUUGCCAUUCCCACCACCUCAUGGAGCAUGGCGCCAUGGCCCACAUAGUGGUCCACAUGGCGGUCCACAUGGCGGUCAUGGAGGUCAUGGGGGUCCUCAUGGGCCGAGGUGAUCGUUUUCAGUGGAACGGUUCAGGUUGCUUUUCAACAUGGUUCGACAAAUGGCAUUUGCAGGAGUUCACCAAUUGUUGGGCUCGCAUAUGUCGGUGCCAGUGUACAGCCAGUCAAUUGAGUCCUUUGCGACAGCCAUUGUAA